UUUAAUUAGAAACUAUUCACGUACCAUCUUUCUAGGGAUGCAGGAAUUUGCCGAGGGUUCACUGUGAAAAUAUUCGAACACUUGGAACUAUUUCCGUUCAUUUUAACAACCGAACCCCAACCAUAUCUUGUUUAUUAGGCCUAUCCUCUUUGGAGAUAUUAUUUGUUCGGAAUUGGAACUAUUGGGAGGAAAGGGGCAUUCGGUGUGUUUGAAAGUCCGGGGGCAGAUGUUCAAAGAAUCUACUGAACCGAGCAAUGAGUCUGUUAGAAUAUUUCCCAGCAGACCAGUAACGUCGAGAUGGCAAUGGGUCCCUGGAGUGGAGGUUUCUCAGCCCGGUGGGCAGGGUGAAGGGAGGUACCCGAUCGAGCACAACAUAGCCAGCAGCAAAUUUCCCAGCAGAUUGGUGCAGCGUUCUUCUGACUUCUCGUGGGUGAUCUCCCAGCAGAUGUCCACAGUGUUUACAGAGGACUCUGCUGGGAGAUGUCCUAGGAGAUGUUAAGUGUUUACAGAGGGACUUUUAUAUCCGUCGCCGAUCCGAGAUCACGGGAAUAUUUACAAACCUAAUAACAAAAUGGAAGAUGAGAAGAUGAAAGAAGAGUACGUGCUUGAUUAUCACACCAAAGAGAUCGACUUAGUGAACAGAGACCCAAAGCACCUGAACGACGAUGUGGUGAAGGUGGAUUUUGAAGAGGUGAUCGCCGAACCUGAGGGAACUCACAGCUUCGAUGGAAUUUGGAAGGCCAGCUUUACCGUCUUCACAGUGACUAAAUAUUGGUGUUACCGGCUUCUCUCUGGGAUCUUUGGCAUACCGUUGGCAAUUGUAUGGGGAAUUUACUUUGCCAUCUUAUCGUUCAUCCACAUUUGGGCAGUGGUGCCCUGCAUUAAGAGCUACAUGACUGAGAUCCAGUGCAUCAGCAGGGUCUAUUUGAUCUGCAUUCACACCUUCUGUGACCCUUUCUAUGAAGCCCUGGGAAAAAUGUUCGGCAAUAUUCGGAUAUUAUUACAGAAGGAAGUGUAAAUGGGAAAAUAUUGAAAGAAAUAAUUGGUCAAUUGAUCACAUCGCUUCCUACCAAAUGGAAGCUCUGUUUCUUUAUCACUGAAACAUGUUGGUGCCUUUUCUAAUAGCACUGAUAUAGGAAAAAAUAUGGUUGCAUGCUCUUUCAUUACUAUCCCUGGCAUGUUUUGUUACCCUUUUAUGGUACUGCAUUUUAACACUGAUCUAAGCUUAACAACUACAUUCCUUUACUGCUAAACACCAUUUGACAGGUUUUGUAAACAAAAUGAGUCAUUGCCUUUCUUUAGCAAUUAGCCCUUCUGCUAUUUCAUUGUGCUGUUUCCCAUGAAACCAGAGGCUGAUUCACAGUACUGUACUUACUAAAACCGUAAGGAUAAAGGAUUAAACACUCAUAGGAUCUUAAUAUAUGAAGUAAAAAUAUGAACUAUUUUGCAGUGAAAUUAUAAUAAUACCAUUUCUAAAACUGCUAUGCAACAAAUAAAUUGUAUUUCUCUUUUUAAUCUCCUGCAAAUCAGGAUUUAUAGAAACAUUAAAAUUUAAAUAUGAUUUACGCAUUUAGGGUGUCAGUCUGGAGAAAGAAUGACUGAACCCCAUCUAAGUGCUGGUUAAAUAGUUCAUUAUAUUAGGAAACUGAAUUACCGUGUGUGAAGUAUGUCUUGUCUUCAUGCCAAGAGGAUUGACUCCUUCUGUCCACCACUGUCUAAACUAUGCAAUGUUCAUUUUCUUUGGUAAGCAUUUAAACACUUUGUGAACCUUGUGCAUGUCUGGUAUUAAACUCUCUAACAUGCACCAAAACGUCAGGAGGACAAUGGCAAAACAGUGUUGUUGUGUGCUUUGUGCUUGCAACAUUUGAGAAGUAGUGUGAAAUGAAAAUACUUGCUGCACUGUAAGAUAGCCAUGUUAAAUUGCUGAAUGUAACUCAGAUUUUCUAUAUUGUACAUUGCAACAUAUCAAUCAGCUUUAUACAAUAUGCAACCCAGAGGGAGAUAAUAUCCAGAAUUUUCCUGCUUAGACAAUUGCAGCAGAGGUCAAAGGCCAGAACCAUAACAUGCUACUGAAGCACUGUCAUGGGCAGAGGCACCUGUGGACAUCUAGUUCUGUGCUGCAUCCUCCACCUCUUUUAAACUUUAAAACACACUGAGAGCCUUGAUACUCUUUCAUACCAAUUUCUAUUGUCAUUUUAUACAUGUCUAACCGAAGGUUAAAGGAAUUGUUAUAACUGCUGUUUUAAAGAAUUACUGAUGGAAAAUUCUUUUUAAGGGUUGUGUAUAUAGUUAAAAUAUAGAUUAAAGUCACCAGCAAAAUACAAGAAAUGAAACAGAUUUUUAGAUUUUUGCAAAAGCUAUUUUAUACAGGUGCAUUCAUAUCACUUAUUUACCAUAAAGUAUAUAAAAUUUAGCUUUUAUUUUUUACUACCACUUUGAACUGUAUUGCAAAUUAUUUGAACCCAUGGUCAAUUUCUUCCAAGUGUUAUUACAGCUUGCUGUUGCAGAAGUUGUUCAAGAUAUUUUAGCAUGUAAGAGCUGAAACAAUUUGAAAAAAAUAAAGA